AUGAGCCUCUACAUGGUGAGGGGCGAGAGUACGGCAGAGAUUCAAAGAGAAUCAGAGAAUCCCGAUGAAGCCACGAAAUUUCUUCAGCUACGCAUAAAUAUCAAUUGCACAGAUCGUGAUAAUGUAUACGAAAAGAAACUGCACUCGAAUUACUGGACUCUGGUGAACUAUGUACCCGCAGAACACGGAAGUCUGCGAUGCUCGAUGUGUGUUACCUACAGCACCCACGGGGACUAUCGAUAUCUGAACAAUGUGGCGCCAUUGGUGGAGCGUUGGCAAGCACCCAUUAGUUUGGCGCUCUACGCACCGGGUACGGACUUUGAUAGGACGGUGUCGAGCAUUCUGUGGCUGCGCCAAUGUGAUCCACAGUGGAAGUUAAUCCGCAAAUGGGUUAGUUUUCACAUCUACUUCAAUGUUAAUCAUAUACCGCGGCAGGUCUACAAGCAAAAGAAAUUGUUGGCCAAAAAAAUUAAAUGCACCGAAGUUCCGCCGUUUGGCAAUGUGUCAAGUGAUGAGCUAUAUAGAAAUCGAAUGGAACUCAAAUAUCCCAUUAAUGUGGGACGAAAUAUUGCCAGAGAGGCGGCAGUGACACAUUACGUUCUGUCCUCCGAUAUCGAGCUGUAUCCCUCGCCGGGUCUGGCCAAUGGCUUUUUGCUUAUGCUAACAGCUAAUAGGCAUUUACUGAACGCCACAAAGCCCAUUGUCUUUACACUUAACAUUUUCGAGGUGGAAGCGAAUGGCACUGUGCCAACCAGCAAAAAGGAAUUAAAAUACCAGCUGAACACUGGCCAGGCCAUACCCUUUCACAAAGAGGUCGCCUCCGAAUUCAACAUGGGACCAAAUCUUGAAAACUGGAUUCAACAUGUCAAUGACAGCGAUACAAUCCGAGUGUUUAGCGUGAAUAAACGUAUCGGUUACUGGGAUCCGAUCUACAUUGGCACCAAACAAGAUCCAGGGUACGAUGAGCGUCUAAGCUGGGAGGGCAUGUACGAUAAGGAAACCCAUUCCUACGCAUUGUGCCUAAUGGGCUACCAGUUUUAUACAUUGGAUAAUGCAUUUUUGGUUCACAGACCGGGCAUUAAUCAGGGUUAUUUGGAUGCUCAGCGAUCCAAGCUUGCCAAACACACUCGUCGCAAGCUACGUAGACAGUUAACAAUAGAGUAUAUCUUAAAAUAUGGAAUCAAAUUGGGGUGCAGAUUGUAA